UUAAAACACCCCCACAAAUCCCACAAUCAAAUUAACUCACUAAAACCAUCUUUGCUCUUCUUCGCAAAGCUGAAGCAAAAGAUGUAGGAAGCCUCGUAGCUGUUGCACGUCUUCUCCUUCCAAAAGUGGAACUUUACCCAUGCUUCCUGGCAGGCUGCAGCUAGCCCAGACGUUACUCCGUCCGAAACCUCACCAUCUCCACCUUAGCAACUUUUCAUUCUCAACACCUCCCCUUACGCUUCUCAAACCAGAUUGGAGAGCACAAGUCAAACAUGCCCAAUUGGUCAACCAAAUCGCCGCCAUUGUCACGCAGAGGAACAGAAGCCACUGGGCGUCACUUCUCAAGCCCUUCAACCUCAACUCUUCCAAUUUCACCCCUCAUCUCUUCCUUCAGAUCUUCCACAAGACCCAAUCCUAUCCCGCUGCUUCCCUCACCUUCUUCAAUUAUGCCAAUAAAAAUCUAGGGUUUAACCCAGACCUCAAAACCCUUUGUAAACUUGCUGGGGUUUUGUGCGCUUCCACACUAUCAACACAAUCAAAACCCAUAUUGGAUUCUCUAGUUCAAGCUUAUCCUGCAACGCUGAUUGUCAGUUCAUUGAUUAAAGGCAUCGACUUUGAUACUCGCUCUUCUUUGCUGAGUUCGUUACUUGAGUGUUAUUCCAAUAGCCGUUUGCUUACUGAAGCUCUCGAAGUUUAUCACAAGUCUAAAGAUUAUGGCGGUUUAGUUUCAGUUCAUAGUUGCAAUUCAUUGCUAGGGGGGUUUCUAGAGAAAAACGAAAUCAAAUUGCUAUGGUGCUUCUACUGUCUGAUGAUUCGAGAUGGGGUUUCUGGAAAUUUGUUUACUUGGUCUUUGAUUGCUCAAGCUCUAUCUAAAGAUGGCAAAUUUGAAAGGAUCAAUAAAAUUCUGGAUAUGGGUAUAUAUAGCCCAGCAAUGUAUAAUCUCAUUAUCAAGGGUUAUAGUAAAAGAGGGGAUUUUAAAUCUGCUCUUUUAAAUGUAGAUGAAAUGCAUAAUAAAGGAUUUCAUCCCAGCUUUAGCACUUUCAGCUUUAUUCUAGACGGGGCUUGUGAAUAUCAUGAGGUUCAAGUGAUUAAUGAUGUCAUUACUUCUAUGGUCGGUAAGGGAUGUCUUCCAAAUCUUUUACUGAAUGAAUAUGAUUCAAUAAUCCAGAAGUUUUCUCAUUUGGAGAAGACAUUCGCUGCAGAACUUUUUUACAGGAGAGCCAAAACUGAAAUGGUUGACCUUAAAGUAACAACUUAUUGUUCGAUGCUAAGAUCAUUGUCAAAUGCGAGACGAGUAAAGGAUGCUAUUGAGUUUUAUGAUUAUAUGGUGGCGAAGAAUAUUGAUAUUAUUGAUAAUGAUAAAUAUCUUUUCCCGUUUCUGAGUGCGUUAUGUGAAGAGAAUCCUUCAGAGGAUGUUAAUAGACUGUUGAAAGGAUUGAUAGAAAAGGGAUUAACACUGCCAUUAACUCAUUGUUUGGAUAAAAUCUCUAAGUAUAUAAAUUCUCAAUGUGAGAACCGUUGGUGGAAAGAAGCUGAGGAGCUUUUAAAUGUAACUCUAGAUAAAGGUAUUUUGCCGAAAUCUUUCUGUUUUACCUUGUUGGUGAAGCAUUAUUGUUUUAGUAGGCGGAUUAAUUCUGCUAUUUCUUUGCAUGCCAAGGUUGAGGGACUUGGUGGUAAUUUUGAUGUGUCCACAUACGUUAUACUGCUUAAUGGGCUGUUUAGAGAAAAAGAAAUUGAUGAAGCGAUCAGGAUAUUUGAUUACAUGAGAGCGCAUAAUGUGCUAAGCUGUGAGAGUUUUUCAAUCAUCAUUAGAGGCCUUUGUCUUGAAAAGAAUUUCAGAAAAGCCAUGAGUGUGCAUGACGAAAUGUUGAAGAUGGGGCUCAAACCUGAUAGAAAGAAAUAUAAGCAGUUGAUCUCUGGAUUUAAGUGACUUCUUUAAUAUCUGAAGACAUGACUAGGAAAGGUAAGAACUAUUGCUUUAAUUUUAUAGCAUCAGGUUCUAAUUUUCCUCCAAAACAACUCAAAUAGACCAUUCAGGAUUUUAGGAAAUGCUUUUUUGGAUUAAUCAUUUUUGGAUUAUAAUAGCUGUGUACAAAGUGUCAAAGUUAUGUAAACAAAAUUCUUUACACCAUGGCCAAUCAAUGUAAAAAGUCAUGUAGACAUUAAAUAGUUGAUUAGUGCUACCAACAAGGCGUUAAGAUUUAUGUUCACCACUUCCCCAUAACAUACACUCGUACGUGCACAUACUUUACCUAUAAUUAUGUUCACAGCUUAAAGAAAAUAUAUUCAAGUUGAAUAAUGCAGAGUAUAAUACACAUAAUUGGAAAGUCUUCUUGAUUAUAAUGUUUACCCUUCACCACUAUGCAGUUAUACUUCUUAUGCCCUACAAUGUUUUACAAGAUAAAGUGGUAUUAUGUUGUUGAAGAUGGAUAAUGAACUUGUAUAGCAUGAAUGAUUAUAUUGCACGUAAUUAUAUACAAAUAUGGUUUGAGAGAAACAUUAAAAAGAUAGGACAGACAAAUGUGACAAAUGGGGUAUAAAUUUGUACUCUAGAUUAUUAUAUUGUCUAUAUACAAUUAUGGGAUUUUAGCUCGAUUCAUUUAUUACGGGUAUAAUCUGAACAUUUAUCCAACCUUUAUUUUCACAAUUGUUGUUGUUUUUGAUCUUUUUGCUAGUAUUAUAUGGCAAAAAGAAACAUAUAUAGCUGUUAAACCAAUCCGCUUGUCCAAUACGCUAAGACUAUCCACUAACCACUGUUAAGGGGCUAAUAGCUGAAUAUGAUACGGCCCAUUAUAAGGAGGGUAUGAGAACGAUUGAUUUGUAUACUAUAUACUCCGUAUUAAUUAACUUAAAGAGAACUUCUAAUAAAGUAAUGCAUAUUCUAUGUGUUCCAUUUGGAUGUUAUGCUCCUGAUUCCUUAUUUGAUUGUGACCCCGCCCCCAUAAAAAAACUAUUUUUUCCUAAAGAAUCUAAGUCUUUCUUAUGAUUGGGUUUUGUGGAUGUCCACCAUCUUCUAGACUUUAUUUUUUACCCCACAUUUGUCUGAUUCUUUUUUCAUCAUUCUCUUUCCUCAAUACUAUCUCUCAUUUCCAAACAAGAAAAAAGAAACAGGAAAAACUGAAAAGACUAUUGAUGUUAAUCCUCUUUAAGCAAAGAACCAUCUUUAUAAUAUUUUAAUUGUUUUUUGUUACUUAUUUUUCUCCUUGUCUGCCAAUUUGUAUUUUCACUCAUGGAACCACCGAUUCGGAUUUUAAUUCAAUAUUUUUAUUCUUGGCGUAAUUAACCAUGUUGGUUAUUCUGCAUGAAUGCUUUUAAAAAAAUAUUAUUUUACAAUACUUGAAGGAAGAUUAUAAACAAUGUUGUUGUGAGGACAAGAAUGGAGAAACCUUCUGUUUUUCAUCUCCUUUCUUGUUCUACCAUGCUUCCAUUAAAUGAUCUUUGACAAGGAAGAGGAAUAAUUUGAACUUAGUGCUUAUUGCAACACUCCUAGGAUAAGAAGGCUGCUAUUUUGGGCUUAUUUAUUUUGGGUCUCUUUCAUGGAUGCCAUGAUGAAGGGGACUUUCAAAGCAGGAUUCAAAUACAUUUCAAAUAUUUUUGUGAUGAAGGAGGAAGAUAUCGAGAUCGGUUACCCAACGGAUGUUAAGCAUGUAGCACACAUUGGGUGGGAUGGCCAAUCUGCAGGCAGUGCACCUACUUGGAUGAAAGAGUUCAAGGCUGGGCCGGACUUUACUUCAUCCUCGAUCAGUAAUAGUGGUCGUAAACCAUCAUCACCAGAAUUUUGCAAAGACGAUUCAACAGCUACAAGAGAGAUCAGUGGGGCCACCCAAACGAGGAAACAGAAACGAAAGAAGUCCAGAGCGGUGUCUUCUGGGUCCAGUUUCUCCUCCAUGUCACGGGCCCCACCCAAGUCUAAGGCUAAGCUAGCGGAAGAAGACGGUAAUCCCAGUCCUUCGGACAUACAUGUCAUCUAAGCUUAAGGCGUGCACUAGAUGAGGGAUUUUUUUUUUAUCUUGAAAGUUAUUUUUCAUUUAGUAUUUUUUUUCACCUAUGAGGCUACAAAGCCUACAAGCCUACAAUUAACUGUAAACCAUCAUUUUAUAACUUCACGUAAAUUGUACAGUGACAUUUUCACUUUUAAUCACAUAAUGUCCUAUACUUGAUUGAGUAUUUGGUUAGUGA